AUGUCCACUUCCUCAACAAACUACCACCUCCUCGCCAUCCCAGCCUACUACAUCUUCUCCAUCGCCCCGCACAUCUACGCCCAAUCCAUCCUCACAGCAUCAGGCUACAAAGUCAACAAUGCCAAUCCCAAAGCUUCUCUCUCGCCUGAUUCCGUGAAGGGCAAGGUGCCAGAUGCCGUCUUCCAAAAAUAUCAACGCGCCGAGAACGCGCAAUCCAACAACAUCGAGCAAAUGCCCUUAUUCGCUGUGGCGAUUCUGGCGUCGAUCAUGGCGGAGCGCAGCACUGUCACGGGUUUGGGGCGCGCGGUGGUCGAUGGAGAUGCCACGGGUCUGACGACGUUUGUUGCGGCAUGGUUUGCGGUCAGGGCGGCGUAUGAUGUGGCGUAUGUGGCUAUUGCGGAUCAUGAGAAGAGUUUUAUUAGGAGUACGUUGUAUGCGGUGGGGUCGGGGUUGGCGGGGUGGCAGAUUUGGAAGGCGGCGGCGCUAUUGGGUUAA